AUGAUACAAAAAACUGUUGCUAAAAUAUUACGAGACCUAUUGACUACAGAGUACUCUUUUGAUAAUGAAGUAAUGGAUAGGAAGCCAUUUAAAAAAUUUCAUACUAAUUGGGGGUUGCUUUAUCAUGUACUUCAUGAUGAUGAAAAGGAA